CGGUGACCCCCCCGAGCUGGCUGCAGGCAGCGCAAUGCCACAGGAGAGCUGCUGGAGAGGGCGGUGGGAUCCCGGUGCACCAUGAGCCUCCGGCCCGGCCCCCUUUCGGGCCGAUGAACACUGAGCACUCCGCUCACUAUUCCCCUCCCCGCCUCCGCUGCGAAGGCGGCAGCGGCCGGACAAGAAGCCCGGGGACAGCGCAGGGCCACUUCUCCACCAACCGCGCCUGGAAAGCAGCUCUCUCAGCGGCGCUUCUCCGGGACUCCUAAAGAGUCGGGCCCCGGGCUGCCACCGCCAGCUUGGCCGCUGUCGCCGCCGCUGCCGCUGCCGCCAUCUCCUUGAUUCCCCCCAUCCCCCACCAUGGCCGAGGAGCUCUCCGCGGCCACGUCCUACACCGAAGAUGAUUUCUACUGCCCUGUCUGUCAGGAGGUGCUCAAAACGCCCGUGAGGACCGCGGCCUGUCAGCACGUUUUCUGUAGAAAAUGUUUCCUGACUGCAAUGAGAGAAAGCGGAAUACAUUGUCCCCUCUGUCGUGGAAAUGUGACUAGAAGAGAGAGAGCAUGUCCUGAACGGGCCUUAGACCUUGAAAAUAUCAUGAGGAAGUUUUCUGGUAGCUGCAGAUGCUGUGCAAAACAGAUUAAAUUCUAUCGCAUGAGACAUCAUUACAAAUCUUGUAAGAAGUAUCAAGAUGAAUAUGGUGUUUCCUCUAUCAUUCCAAACUUUCAGAUCUCUCAAGAUUCAGUAGGGAACAGUAAUAGGAGUGAAACAUCUACAUCUGAUAACACAGAAACUUAUCAGGAGAAUACAAGUUCUUCUGGGCAUCCUACCUUUAAGUGUCCCUUGUGUCAAGAAUCAAAUUUUACCAGACAGCGUUUACUGGAUCACUGUAACAGUAAUCACCUGUUUCAGAUAGUUCCUGUGACAUGUCCUAUUUGUGUGUCUCUUCCUUGGGGAGAUCCUAGCCAGAUUACUAGAAAUUUCGUUAGUCAUCUAAAUCAAAGACAUCAGUUUGAUUAUGGAGAAUUUGUGAAUCUUCAGCUAGAUGAGGAAACCCAGUAUCAAACUGCUGUUGAAGAAUCUUUUCAAGUAAACAUCUGAAGGCUAUAGAAAUCUCUGCAUCUUUGUACCUGCAAGUGCCAUCUUUAAGGGGAAAACUACAUGAAGUCACCGUUUCAGUAACUUGAUGUGUCUAUUAAUAAAAGUAAUUCAGUCUAUUGAUUUAGUUUUUUAAUUAAAAAAGGUGGGCCAUCUAAAAACUUGGUCUUCUUGAUAAAUUAAAAAAUGAAAGUUGGGACAUUAUCUUUAAAAAUAUUGAAAAGAUUAUAUUCAUUAAUGUAAUGAACAAAAGGGAUUCCAUGUUGUACUUAUCUUUUUUUAUAUUACACAGUCUUGAAUUUUUCCUUAUGUUGCUUUUGGAAUUUGUUGCAGUUCCUCCCAUUGACCUUCUUGUACACAGGUAACACACAGUAGCACAUUCUGAAAGAUGUGAUUGAUAGAAACCUACCAAAUCUGAGCCAGUUACCAGAGUUGCAGAAUGGAGACUUGAAGUGCUAAAUGAAACAAUCCAAAGGAAACUUUUUUAAUACAGAUUCUAGCUGAAGAAAUUCAACUAUAAGAAAAUUGUAUUUAUAUAAUGUUUAGUAUUUUUGAAGACUAGUGAGAUUUCUUUAAUAAUUAUAACUCUUUAAAAAAGUGAAAGUUCAUUGUAAAGAUAUUUCCUUUUUGUCUUAGAAGGAAAUACUAAGAGAAAAAAUUAUUCUAAGAAAUAAUUUCUUAGAAUUAGUGGGCGGUUGGUAAUUUCAAAUCCUGUUUGUUUGGCUGACUAAUUUGUAAGCCCAGAGUAUAUUAAGCUGAAUUACAGCUCUUUGGCCUCAAAAUUUUCAAUAGCCAGUAUUUCUCCUUAGCUAAGAUAAAACUUUUAUUAGAAACUUCCAGUUGGUGAUACCAUAUUCUACAUGUAUAUUUAGAUGAGAGGUUUGGCUUCAUCUCAGUUUAGAAAUUCAUUGAAAGCUAAAGGUGUAUAUGUAUACAUGCAUACACUUUUGUAUGUGUAUAUGCACACGUUUGCAUGCAAUUUGUCAGGGUAUAUACAGAAUUUCUAUUAAGAUUUUAAAAAUGGACAAGCAAUAUGGGAUUGAGUGUCUGAUUUGAUUAACAUUUUAUAUAUCACCAAAUUUUUAAAAAGUAACAGCCAAAUGCUAAGUGAUCUAGUUGGCUACUAUCACACCUUAAAAGUUGAAUUUACACACACAUAAUUACCUUGUUUAUAUGGUGCUCAUUUGUUAUUCUCAAAGAUAAUGCAUGACUAUGAAGUAAUGAGAUGGAUGCUACCAACCACUGUUUCACUACUUCUUAGUCAAAACUGGGUUUGUUCUUCGUAUUUAUUCAUAAGAAUCAUAAAAUAAUUUGUAUUAGAAGCUAAAUCAGAGUAAAAGAGGAAGAGUGUAUUAGCUGACAUUCCAUACUAAUAUGCAUUGUUUAUGCUUUCUUUAACUAAAAGAACAUAAAAGAAAAUCUCAGAAGUAGUUUGCUGCUAAUAUAUACAUAUAUUGUAUGAAAGGGUAUAUUUUGGUUUUGUUAAAACCCUUGUUGACUUUUCUACAGUGAACAUUUUUUUUAACUUGAUUUAAUAAAAAUGUUAAUUUUGCAAGUGGAGUUUUGUAAAAACCUUUUUCAGUCAAACAAAAUGACUAUGGUAGUAAUAACAAUCACCAAAAAAGCCAUACAUCUUGAUGAACAUAUGCCUUUGUUCUGUCAUUCAAAAGAGUGAUGUUUACUAUGUGCUUGAACAUUUUCUCUGCAGUUACAUGAGUGUAAUUGUAAGAAUAGCUGUUUAAUGAACUCUUUUUAAAAUUUUUGAGCAUAGAUUUUUCCAGUUUAAAGCAAUAACUUUACUACUUUCUUUCAGAGUUAAUACUUCCAGUAUAUCAAGUUUUAAACCAUUCUGAGAUUUGAGAACUUCUUUAAAGAAAAAUUGUAGUAGAGAUCAUCUUGAUGAAAUUGUGUUUUGAAGUUUGUGGAUUAAUUAAAUAUCAAUAAUAGUCUUGUGUGUCUUUCCUAUAAACUUUUCAUAAGGAAAAUAUUGACUAUUUGCUAUUACCUGGGAACUCCUCAGUAUGGAAAUGUUUGUUUAAAAUCUCACCUUUUGUCAGUGGAUUAGGAAUAGGGACAGGGCUUUACAGAUUUACAGUUUAAAUUCAUGAGAAAGUCCUUAUUUUUAAUAUGCUUAUAGCUGAGUCAGAAUAAAGGAGGGAAACUAUUGAUUGCUGAUACCUAAAUUUCACAAUACCACUGCUAGGAAAGCUAUUUCCCUCAGGAAGUUACAGUUUAUGUUGUUAAACAGAGUCUUAUUUGAGAUGUAUUGCUUUAUUUUUCAAUUAAAAGUGGUUUUCUCCU